AUGACCGGGUUUUCAAGUUCCAAUGUUCCUACCACUGUUCCGUCAUCCUCGUCGGUGGUUCCAUCAAAGGAGAUCUCUGAGUUGUCGGCCUCAGUUACAUAUCUCACUAAGGCCUUUGCUGGGCAACAAAAAUUGCUCUUGGAUUUGAUGUCUCAGGUGGCUAAUACUUCGCACUCCCAGGCAGUUGAUAUGGCGGCUCCGAUCGGCGCUCCGCUUAUACCCUCCAUGAGACAUAAACCAACUUCUGUUGAGAUGUCUCGUUUUUAUGGUGAUAAUCCUGAGAGCUGGGUCUUUCAGGCAGAGAGGUAUUUUGAUUUUUAUAAUAUUUCUGAGGAUCAUAAAUUGUCCAUAGCUUCGUUCUAUUUGGAUGCAGAGGGGCGUUUAUCCAAGCUCCGACAAACUUCUAUCGUCUCUGAUUUUCAGACUCAAUUUGAGUCUAUAGCUAAUGAGACUACUGACGUCCCAGACUCUUGGUUGGUUCCGUUGUUUACUUCGGGUCUUCGCGCAGAUAUUCAAACCGUUGUUCUGGUCCAUAAACCAAAAACAUUGGAUGAAGCUUUUGAAUUGGCCCAUACUCAUGAACAACGACUUUUGUUGGAGCGGAAUGGAUCGUUUAAACCGGCCUUCACAAAUUCUCCACCUCUUCUACCAAACCCCAGUCCUUACCCACAUAAUGUUAACUGCAAUCGACUGCCCAUUAAGCGUCUCUCACCGAUGGAGAUCCAGCAACGCCGAGAAAAGGGGCUAUGCUUUCGUUGUGAUGAAAAAUACUCUACUAGUCAUAAAUGUAAAGCUCCCCCGCAAUUAUUAUUGCUUGAAUGUGAACCAGAGGUGCAAGACCUUCUCACUAAUUCUUCUUUGACUGAUGAAAUGUUGGCUGAGGAGCUUCAACAGCUUGAGGUGAUGCAUUCGUCCAGUAUCUCAUACCACGCUAUGGCUGGUGGUGAUGCUGCUUCUGCUCUCCGUUUUACUGGUUACGUUCAGGGCUCAUCAGUGCAAGUUAUGCUCGAUAAUGGCAGCACACACAAUUUUAUUCAAACUCGUGUGGCUAAUUUCCUUCACUUAGCAGUAGAGCCUAUUUCCCAAUUCUCUGUUAUGGUAGGCAGUGGCCAACGUCUUCCGUGUACUGGAACUGUCCGCCAAGUUCUGUUAAUGAUUCAGGGGUGUCUUCUCACUAUGGAUUUCUUUUUCUUGCCGAUGCAUGGCUCGGACAUUGCCUUAGGGGUUUCAUGGCUUGCUACUUUGGGGCGUGUUGUUACUGAUUAUGCUACCUAUUAUCAUUUGCAGUUAAUUGGGGCUGUACCUUCAAAUUCUCCUGAGACACCACCUGCCAUUUCUGCCUUAUUAGACUCCUUUAAGGACGUUUUUACAAAGCCACAAGGACAUCCGCCUAAGCGUCUUCAAGAUCAUGAUAUUCAUUUGGCUCCAACCACAGAACCUGUUAAUGUAAAGCCCUAUCGAUAUUCGUAUUUUCAGAAACACAUCAUGGAGCAAUUGGUGAAUGAGAUGCUUUCUGAAGGUAUUAUUCGCCCAAGUACUAGCCCAUUCUUUUCCCCGGUGUUACUAGUUCGUAAGAAAGAUGGCUCAUGGCGCUUUUGUGUUGAUUAUCGGGCAUUGAAUGCUGUCACCAUACGGGAUCAAUUUCCUAUUCCCACCAUUGAUGAAUUAUUUGAUGAACUACAUGGUGAAAAGUAUUUUUCUAAACUUGAUUUGUUGUCUGGCUAUCACCAAAUUCGAGUGCGACCCGAGGAUAUUGAAAAGACUGCAUUUCACACACAUGAAGGACACUGA